UAGGUUAUCAUUUUCAUGUUGAACUCCCAACGGCUCUGGGACUCACGUGUCAUGGUUAUUCUCGUGUUAUAGUUUAUUCCGUGCCACCUAAUAUGCUACAAACAGUAUUUUGGGGUGUUCUGGCUAUACUAGCUAAAGAUGCAGUAGAAGCCGUGUCGUUCAAGAGGGAGCCAUCGAAUUUGACGUUAAAUGUGGGCGAUACAGGUGUGCUGGGAUGUGCCGUCGACGCGCAGGAGGGUGAUAUGUGGUCCGUGCAGUGGUACCGCGAUGGAAAAGGUCUCGGGAAUUUGCAAUUGUACGGCAGAUACGAGUAUAAGGACGAGACACAUCAGGACAACGAUUACGAUCUCGUGAUCAGCGAUGCGAUGCUGGUUGAGGACAACGCCGAAUUCGUCUGUCAGAUCGAUCAGGGCUUCACUCUAGUAGAUGGCGCCACAACACUCAUCGGUAGCGAAAAUGAAACGAUAUCGUGUGUCACCAAGAACUGCAAUCCUGUACCGAAAGUGACAUGGUGGAAACAGCGUAAAGAAUCAGAUUGGGAAGACAUCACUAACACGGCCACUUCGGAGACGAUCGAGGAGACGUUCGACGGUGAACAGGUGGCGACGUUUACGUUUAACAAUUCGCUGACGUUCGUCAGUGAGAGACUGGACAACGGAGGGCGACUGUCGUGCCGUGUCGACCACCCCUCAUAUGCAUCUAGCGGUGUGCUCGAACUCACCAUCGAUAUGAACGUGAUGUUCGUGCCUGCUAUUACCGGACCCCAGCAAGAUGCGGACGUCGUGGAAGGAACAGAUGCAGAGUUUAGCUGUGUGAUCGACGCGAACCCGCCAGCGUCCGUGUCGUGGUACAGAGGGGUUAAUGUCAUCAGUAACGACAACACGUUAAAGAUCGAGCAGGCGAGUCUGUAUGACGAAAGCGAUGACUACAGGUGCUUGGCGGAAAACGACCAGGGCAGCACUUAUUCGCCGCCUUUUACAAUUACCUUAUUAGUGCCUCCCACGGACCUAUAUAUGCUACAAGACGGGGUCGUGAUCGAUGAAACAUCUCCGGCUAUCUUCACAAGCGAUCAGAUGGCAGUGAUAUCUUGCCACGCAGAAAAUUCAAAACCAACGUCCUCAUUUCGCUGGUUGCUAAACGGCACAGACCCACAGUGGACUUCUGAAGUCGAGCAUGUUCCGGGAAACAGAAAUCAAACGGAGACAUCUGUCAGCACAGUGACGUUCAUCGCUCUCAAGGAGUACAACUUGGACACGGUGACAUGCGACGUCAUACACCCAGCGAUUGCUAGCGGAAGCCUUCAAUCCAACAUGGAGGUCAUGUACUCUCCGCAAAUCACGAUGUCGCCGCAACCCACGGAGAUAGACGAAGGCGAGCGUCUCGAGCUGGAGUGUGCCUCAGAUGGUCACCCGACGCCAGCGAUAUCCUGGAUGAAGGGCGCCACAGUCAUUCAAUCCGACACGCCUCUGCUAAUAUUCGCUGAGAUAAGCAGAGACGACGAGGGCACGUACGCGUGCUCCGCCACGAAUGACCUUGGUUCCGACAAAUCACGCGAAUUCGCUAUCACGGUCAUAGUUUCGAAAGGCGGCAUGAUCGCGGGCAUAAUCAUCGCCAUCAUUGUCGUCAUCGUCAUCCUCGCUGUUGUCGGAUAUCUGUACUGGAAGCGAAAGCUGUGUUUUUCCGCCAAGUCGGCUGAUGGCGUGGAUGAGGCGUGUGUGGAUAGCGGACUACACGUGGCACAGGCGAACGAGAACCAGGCCUAUCGCUGCGACAUCAUCAGAAGCCCGGGCAGCGACGGUGGGGCAGAUAUCAUCGAUGAAAAUAGAAUCAAUAGCCAGCUACAGAGACGUAUUGGACACCCAAUGAUCAACUCGUCAAUCGGGGAGCCGGACGACAACAUAUUAGAAACAUCCGGAUCGCGAAUGUCUUACGCGCAGGCACAAGCGCGCCCCGUCUAUAUCUCAUACGUACCCCCUCCGAUGCUCCCCGUUUUAGCCGAGAAUAAGUCAUAUGAGUACUUGUCCGAAAGAGGGACAAGUGUAUGAGAAUACGAUAUCGACCGAGUCUAAGUGAUAUGACACCAAUCAUUCAGCCUACUUUCAUUUCUGCACUUAAUUUCACUUGUUUUUUAGACGGUCGUGAUUUUAUAUAAUGUUCAUCU